AUGCUAGACCAACCACUUAGUAAUAUCCCUGUCCUUGUUACGACGGCAUCGACCGUGGAUGGAAGCGACGAUAUUAUGGCCCAAACCCCAGAGACAUCCCAAGCACCCGACCCUUGGCUCAGUGACCUAAGCUCAGAAGACUCCUGCUCAGAGUCUGAGAGUAAUAGCUCAGCAGAAGACAGCGAUAACUCGCUUGAUGACGAGUCUAUUCUCGACAAGUUACUAUGUGGCAAUGAUGGAACGAUCCGUCUCCCAUCUGGCAAGACCAUAUCACAACGCCCGGCAGCAGGCCCCCGAGGUCCAGCCCGGAGAUCUCGAAGGACACCUACUCGCGCGACACCAGCAGCCUCGUGGCAGAAGAAACUUUCAGGGAACUGUGCCAUGGUUCCUUCAAAGUCGACAUCUAGCUCGACCAGAUCAUCAACAGACCAAAAAGACUCUGAGGCAUCAGAACACGAGACUUCGGUAAUUCAGUCAGGCUCGCCGUUGACCCCUCGGUCCACCCCUCAGCCCAACCGCACCAAGCCAACAACUCGCCAGAUUACCAUCCGCAACUCUGACGCUCAGAUGCUCGCCCGUCUCCCGGCGGCUGCGCAGCACGCCCUCCUCGUGACACAACAAAAAGCCAUCUCCAAAGCCAAUCGGGCGGAGAAGAGGUUCAGGGGGAAGAUGGAUUCGGGCGGAAAUAUAGCAGUCUCGGAGCGGCUCAUCAUCGACGUGCCCUUUGGAAACAGACACAAAUGCAGAUUUCCGGUAUAA